GAGAGAAAGAGGCAGAGCGAGGGAGUGCGAGAGAAAAGUUAGCUGUGCUCAGAGCUCCCACAAAUCACUUUGUCACCAGCAAGCUCUGACAAGCACUAGGAGAGAGGGAGCCCACAAGCAGAAAGGCAGGGAGUUAUACAAAGGUGUGAAUAGGGAGUUGUGUCAGAGGAGGCUCAAGAGGGGAGGUGUGACGGAGCUGUAGAGGGCAUAAACGAGGUGACACCGAUGGAUGGAUAGAGGGAAGAGAGGACCCAGACGAGACAGCAAUCUGAUUCCCAAAACAGCGUGAGCUAAGAGGGACUAUUACUCUCGCUACUGCUGUCGUUACUGCUGCUGUGUCUGGAUGGUACACUCAUUUAAAAGGAAGGUUUGUCAAACUUAAUCUUUUGUUACAGGAGAGUUUUUCGCUGACAGAAGGAGAGUUUUGCUGUGUUUUUAUCUCCUGGUAGCUGUUCUGAUCUCAGGCUUGAGAAGAUACACUAUCGUAUUAUUGUGUUUGAGAAUGACACAGAUAGAGAGACAGCUGCUCUCUCUGUGAAGUAGGCAUGAGUCGGAGGCGUUGAAAGCAAAUUCUAGUGAACUGCAGCUGUACACAGAUCACAUGCUGUUAGUGCUAAAAAGAGGUAGUCAGAGUGGAGAGCGUACAAGUUUGUCAAAUGUUUUACUGUAGGGAAAUUUCUUUCUUUCUUCUCGACUGCAUAGGUUUGUGACUGUUGUUGAAAGUUAGUGGAAGUGAGAUCUUUAAAUACUACAUCAUACUUUCUUUUCCUUCACUGUGGAUACAAAGCCCCUGAGAGUUUUAUCUCGGCUGUAAGGGAAGCCAGAGGUCAUCUGAUCAAACUUCAAAAACUGAGAAAAAGGAAGGCCUUUUUACACUUUCAGCACAGGACGUAUCAUCGCUAUCUUCUCUUUCCUCGAGACAUUAACAGAGGCAGUACACAUUACAUCUAUGAACAGAAUAGUCCUGAGUGAUCUUUGAAGAAACCUUGUGGGUCGAAGAGGACAGGAAGCUGUGUCCAUUGAAAAGCCUUAGCCUCGAAUGUAAGUAAGUUAAACUCUGCCAACACCACUCAUUCAUUCUGAGUGUUGUACAGCCCCCUUCAGAUUUGCUUGUCUCUGGGGACAUGUAAAGAGAGGCUUGAAAAAAAAUCAGUCACAAGUUGGUGUGUGAAUACAGAACCGGCUCUGUGGAGUAUUUGAGUGUUGGUAGCUUGUUUUGGACUGAUGGGUGCUGUAGAGGUGUUCUGAGUCUUGGGGGCGCUGUCUGUUUGCAUGUUCGGAUGAGGAUUUGACAGCUCCGCUCUGGACUCACUUGAAUGUCUAGGACGUCAUUGUGUUACCUGUGUGGCUGAGUCAGUGGCUGGCUCAUCGCUCAAUGUCUGUCUGCCCACUGGGAUUCUCUCCACCUGCUUCUAUGCAAAGAAGUCACAAGUGUUAGGUGGUUUUCACAGCAGUAGCGACAGCGGUGGCACCGGAUAGUCCUGAACUUUCCACACUACUUUAAUUGUUCUGUCGUGUGUAAACACUUUGCGUCAGUCACAACUCUUCACGGAGUGAUUCACUAUUCCCUGAGCAUCCCUGGCUGGAGGCAGGCAGUGAAAGAAAAGGUGACGGAGGAUUAGCCAAGAACUAAAGCACCUAAGUGGUUACAGUCAGGUUGCUACAAUGAAGCUGGCACUGCUGAUGCUCAUGGUUGUGUACCUGGUGGGCAACGUAAGUGGUAUGUCUACAUGUAAGACGGUGGACCUGGAGAUGGUGAAGAAAAAGCGCAUCGAGGCCAUCAGGAGCCAGAUCCUCAGCAAACUGCGUUUACCAAAAGAGCCUGAACCUGAUCAGGCUGGAGAAGAGGAGGAGAUCCCGUCCACUCUGCUGUCCCUCUACAACAGCACCGAGGAGAUACUGAAGGAGCAGCAGACUAAGACCCAGAGACACAUCUCCACAGAGCAGGAGGAGGAGGAGUACUUCGCCAAGGUGCUGCACAAGUUCAGCACAACCAGAAGAAAUAACACCACCAAAAGCAUCCCGAUGUUCUUCAACAUCUCUGAGAUACGGCAAAAAGUGGGGGAGAGCCACCUGCUGACCAGUGCGGAGCUGCGGAUGUUAAUCAGGCAUACUACAAUACCUUCUGAGCAGCGUGUGGAGCUGUACCGGGGUCUGGGGACCUCGCCCCGCUACCUCGCUUCCCGCUUCAUCACCAACCAGUGGAAAGGCAAAUGGUUGUCCUUCGAUGUCACUGAGACCCUGCAGGAGUGGCUCAAAGGGACUGAGGAUGAGCAAGGUUUCCAACUGCGGCUGUUCUGUGGAUGCAGCGAGAGCGAGCAAAGUUCUGAGAGUUGCUUCAAUUUUGAAAUCUCUGGGACCAAGGGUGUUAGAGGAGACACAGGACAAAUACAAAAGCAGAUGGAGCAACCACCCUACAUCCUGACCAUGUCCAUCCCUCAGAACAUUAGCAGCGUCAGCUCACGCAAAAAACGCGCCGUGACGACGUCAGCGACGCCGACGGAUACGUGUACAGCCCAGACGGAGACCUGCUGCGUGCGGAGCUUGUACAUUGACUUCAGGAAAGAUCUGGGUUGGAAGUGGAUACAUAAGCCCACAGGCUACUAUGCCAACUACUGCAUGGGGUCCUGCACCUACAUCUGGAAUGCUGAAAACAAAUAUUCUCAGAUUUUGGCCCUGUACAAGCAUCACAAUCCAGGAGCCUCUGCCCAGCCCUGCUGUGUCCCCCAGGCACUGGAGCCACUGCCAAUCCUCUACUACGUGGGCAGGCAACACAAGGUAGAGCAGCUGUCCAAUAUGAUUGUGACGUCCUGCAAGUGUAGCUAAAGAUACAAUACAGCACACUGCUCUGCCUCCCCUCAAACAUGCACACAGAUGGAAGAAGUCAUGUUUGAGACUUGAGAGAGGAGCAUUUGACAGAGAUAAAGGAGGACAAGAAUAAUGUGGACAAUGGGAACAAAAUAUUCAAAGUAAUCAGGAUCUCUGUGGUCAAGCUU